UCACAAAUUUCACCUAAGGCAGGCCCUGCUCCUAACAUUUAGACUCAGUCUUCCCACUCUUUUCUAUUAUCCAAUCGUUUUCUCAAUACCCACUUGUCUUCUUGUGAUACUAUUCUGAUUUUUUCUCCCCAUAUGUUCUUCUCGCCCCUAAAAUUUCAAAAAAAAGAAAAGAAAAAAAGAAAAGAAAAAAAGAAAAGAAAAAGAAAGACUCAGUUGAUUUGAUAGAGACUUCAAACAUGAAAUAAAGUUAGACUACGCGUUUUAAUUCAAAGUUUCCUUUUGAUGGUUGGUUUGCCUUAGCUUUCUGUGAUCAGAACCCUGUUUUCUUCUUUCAUCUCUUCCCAUUUUCUUGAGCUCGAUUUGGAGUUUUCGACUUGGUUGGUGUUCUUAUUUCGGUAAAACUCAAUUGGGUUUCUGUUGGUUUGGGUUUUGGUUGCUUUCUUUGAUAUGGGUAAGGUUCAGAAUCUGAGUUUUCAUCGAUUCAGGCUUCGAAUUGGGGUUUAUGGGUUUGUUGUAAUCAGUUUGCUGUUUCAGAGUUUUCAUUUGUCUUGGUCGCUGAAUGAGGAAGGUUUGACUCUUCUGAAGUUCCGGGAGAGAGUUGUGAAUGAUCCAUUUGGUGUUUUGUCAAAUUGGAAUGACCACAAAGAGGAUAUUAAUCCAUGCUUUUGGUUUGGAGUUGAAUGCUCAGAUGGGAAAGUUGUAUCCCUGAAUUUGAAAGAUCUUUGUCUUGAAGGAACACUCACUCCUGAGCUCAAGAACUUAGUCCAUAUAAAAUCUAUUAAUUUGCGAAACAAUUCUUUUACUGGAACCAUCCCUCAAGGAUUGGGAGGACUUGAAGAACUGGAGGUGCUAGAUUUAGGAUAUAACAAUUUCUGUGGGCCACUUCCAUCUGAUCUUGGAAGUAAUCUUUCACUUGGAAUCCUCCUGUUGGAUAACAAUAAGGAUCUUCGUAGCUUAUCUCCUGAAAUUUAUCAGCUUCAACUACUUUCUGAGUUUCAAGUUGAUGAGAAUCAGCUUUCUAAUACAGCGGAAGGAUCAUUAUGCAACAAGGAAUCGAUGUCAUGUGAUGCUGUUCAAGUAAAAGACAGUAGAGGAAGAAGAGAACUCCGGGCAUCGGCUAGUCAAGCUCAGUUGACAAUUCAGGGUAGAGUUGCAGAAGUUGUAGUUCCUCUAACUCCACCAUCACCAUCUGGUGGCAAUUCUGAUAGACCACCAUCAAAUUCACCACCACCAUCACCACCAGCGGGAGCUCAAGGUUCUCAACCACCACCACCAGGUACUGGCAUCUCUACGUCAAAUAAUGCAACCAGUCCACCUCCUUCAUUUAAGGCUCCUUCAGAGAAAACCCCACCAGCAGCACCUGAGGGACUACCUUCACCUCAGCCUUCUUCAAAACAACAAGGAGGCAAGAACAAGUCUUCAGUCGGUGUAGUUGUAGGAGUAAGUGUAGGGGCUGCAGUAUUUGUUAUUGCAUUGGCCGUUGGCAUUUACCUCUGGACCAACAAUAAAGCUACUGUCAAACCAUGGGCGACGGGACUAAGCGGACAGCUUCAGAAAGCAUUCGUUACCGGUAUUCUUCAUUCUGAAAAAAGAACAAAAAAUCUAGUGGUUUCAUUAAUUGGUGUUCCAAAGCUGAAAAGAUCAGAGCUUGAAGUAUCUUGUGAGGAUUUCAGUAAUGUGAUUGGUUAUUCACCCAUUGGUCCGGUCUAUAAAGGGACAUUGUCUAGUGGGGUUGAAAUAGCCGUUAACAUCAUUUCAGUGAAGUCGUCUAAAGAUUGGUCCAUGGCGUUGGAAGCUCAGUUCAGGAAAAAGAUCGAUACACUAUCGAAAAUAAACCACAAGAACUUUGUCAACCUUAUUGGGUAUUGCGAGGAGGAGGAGCCCUUCAGUAGGAUGAUGGUUUUCGAAUAUGCUCCUAAUGGAACGGUAUUCGAACAUCUUCAUGAUGAAGAAUUCGAACACUUGAACUGGAGAAUGCGAAUGAGAAUAGUAAUGGGAAUGGCUUACUCUCUUGAAUAUUUGCACGAGCAGAGUGCACCGCUAAUCCAUCUCAACCUUACAUCAUCAGCCGUCAAUCUGACCGAGGAUUAUGCAGCAAAGAUUGCAGAGUGUAGUUUGCAAAACAAAAUCGUUGCUAACGAGCGAAACUGCACCAGUGGACAUCUCUUAAACACUUCAUCAGGAGGUCCAGAAAGCCAAAUUUACAGCUUUGGUUUAGUGUUGUUAGAACUAAUGACAGGUAGAAUCCCCCAUUCAGCACAAAAUGGUACACUUGAAGGCUGGGCCAUACAGUACUUAAAAUUGGACAAACCACUCAAGGAGCUCAUAGAUCCGACUCUCACAUCGUUCCAGGAAGAGCAGUUGGAGCAAAUCGGUCAGUUACUAAGAUCUUGCUUACAUUCCAAUCCAGAGCAGAGACCAACAAUGAAGCUCAUUACCUCAAGGUUGAGAUUAAUAACUGGGAUAACCCCAGAUGAAGCGAUCCCAAGGCUUUCUCCUCUUUGGUGGGCCGAGCUCGAGAUUGCAUCAGAAGGACGAUAAAGUGUGGAAUCUGGAAUGUUGCAAGUAUGAGCACAAUUUCUGUAUCUUGUGUGUAGUUUUUUGCUGGAUGAUAAUGUAGAUAUCAUCACUUUAGAAGCUUUGCUUGUAUAUAUGUGAGAUUGUUAAUAUAUACAUAACAAGUUAUUUUAUUUUAUCCCUACA